GCUGGGGACCCGCCGGCUGGGGCACGCACACGUGUGUGUGUUGCCGGGUCUUCAGUGUAAGAUCCGAACCAGUGGAGAACGCACGGGCUAUUGUUAUAUCAUUAUCAUUGUCACUCGUUGAUCGGUAUUCGUGAUUUUGAUAUUUUCCAUUUGCACUCGAUUUAUUUGUGAAAAUAAUUCUUGAAUAAGUGAUACUGUCUGUGAUUGUCAUUAUUAUUUUUUUUUUUUUCUGUCUCUUGUUGCCCCGAUGGAUAUGACCUUGGUUGACACGUGGUGAUGUAUUUAAUUGAUUGAUGGACAAAGACACCAAGACGACUGGAAUUACCAUCGUAAUGGCGAUGCUGUUGGGCAGGAGUUGGUGAUGGUUCGGGGGAUUCAUCGAAUUAGCAUCGAACACCUCAUUAAAUCGGUUAGACUUUGAGGGUUAAUUGUUCUGGAAAAUUGGGGCCACUCGGGGCUCGGUAUUGGGGGUGGUCAGUACGUGGUGGAUAAUAUAAUAAGGACGUGACGAGGGGUGAAUUGUGCGGGGAGAGGGCCUCUCAGUCAGGGACUCGGGGAAUCAUCAACGAUACAAUGAAAACGGUAUGAGCCACUCUCUAACUGAAUCGAUAGUCUAAGGUCGAGUGGACAGGCAUUGAGGGCUAGUGGAGAUACUUCAGAAGAUCGGAGUGACGGUGUGAUCAGGACCUGACUUGUGCUGCGAGUGAUAUAUUUUUCGUUUUGUGGUUCUGGUCGUUUAUCGAAUUGUUUUUCAUUUUUUAAAUAUCGCGUGUUUCUUUGUCCUACACAUGUGGUGGGGAAUGAACAAUGUACGUGUGAAUGAGAGUGCCGAUGAACCUGUGAUAACGACGAUUAUUGUGAUCCACCUGUUGAUGGUAAUGGCACACGUGAAUUGUCGACAUUCAGCCGAUUGUUGAUCAACGAAUGCUAAUUCAAGUGAUUUCAGUGUUUGUUUUUGUGAUUAUUCUAGGGUAAUUGGUGUUGGUAGAAGGUUUAUCAGGCCCUGGCGUAAGGGGUCAGUUGGAUUCCAUUGGUUGAUUGAUUUCACUGAUCUUUGAAUAGUGGUAAAUAAAAGGGGAUAUUGAAUUGUACGAUGAGAAGUGAUCAGUGCCUGGUACGGUUUACUUACAUGGGCGCUACUACGCAGAAUUGACGAGUGCCAAAGUGCUUCCCAAUGCGCACGGCUAUCGCUCGACGGUGGGUGGACACAGCCCUGCCGUGAAGACAAUUUCCUGGAAGGAGAUUAGAUCCCGACUAAGGAUGUCCUCUAAGAGGAAAUCGCCACCAACGAAGCUAUCGGAGGGCGGGGGCGGUGUGGGAACAGUGGCGGGUGCCGAGGAGGAGGAGGACACCACCACAUCGGUGGCUGGUGAUAUACUAUCAACAAUAGGAACAAUAAAUCCCGUUGACUACAGAAGAGACGAUACAACAGAUCGUCUACAAGACUGCGACUACACUCAUCAACGUGGUGAUUGUGAAUCAUCCGUAUGUUCAUCACCUGGUACAAGUGAUCACGAUUAUCAGGAUUCACCAUCAUCAUCACCAAAUUCACCACCCAAUAAACGACAGAGGCUUCCCUUCAACAACAAUCAAGAAACAAAUUCAUCCUAUCAGCACUCUCAAUACAAUCAUCAAAAUCCAGGUAGUAUUCUUGGUCAGGAGGCAGCUGGUUCAUCAGAGUGUGGUUCACCACCAGUUCUACACAACGAUCCGUACUAUACACAUCAUCAUUCAUUGCAUAAUAACAACAAUACUGUUACGCAUAAUAAUAAUACGAGUAAUAACGGUGGAUCAGCUACAGCAGCAGCUAGCAAAAGAUCUAUGGACGACGUUCUCAAGAGGCUCACCUGCAAGGUUAACAGUGGUGCACUGUCCCUGCAGGACGACAGACGAACACCACCACUGUCAUCAACACCCAAUCACAAUACCCAUAGCAGCAUCAACAGUGUAUCCAACAGCUUAACAGCAUCACCAACGGCAACUGGAAGAUCACCGAACACGGAUACCAACCAGGACGGUGUUGCGGCCCUUCACCGGGUCCUAUGCGCCGACAGCUUUGCCGAGAAAGAACGAAGGCUAUCGGAGAUGAUUAUGCAAUUGCAGUAUAUCAGGGAGCAGUUGCUACAGCAACAGGACCCGAUAAAGACGUAUCCGAGUCACAUGCCUGUGGACUCGCAGAAGCAAAUGGAGAUGCAACGGUUACAGAGUGAACACUUGAAGAGACAGCAGGAGCACAUGAUGCAGCAACAUAAUAAUAUACAAGAGCUACAGGCGCAGAUAACAAAGGGACAGUUGAGUAUGCCGAGCGCCCAAUCACUCAUGUUUCUACCAUUUCUCGAGCAACUACGUGGUUUACCAGUAGCAUCAACUAUGCCACCACCAACGUCAACAACUACCGGAAAUAAGCAUAUCAAUUCCAUAGCUAAUAUGAUAAGUAGCCACCGAGAAUCUCAAAGUUGGGCGACAGCCCACCUAGCGCAGCUGACGCCGCACCUGGAUAAAGAGACCUCCCCAACACCCGUAUCAUCAGCCGUGGCGCCAGCAGCACCACCCCUACAAGAUCCCGAUGCUCCCCUAAACCUAACAAAACCCAAGUCCUCAUCAUCAGGCGCAACUGCCUCAUCCUCAUCCCCAGGAAGUGAUUCUCACUCGACGGGAGCUGGUAGCAGUGGCCAACAAGAGCAACCCCUAGCAGCUACAGCCCCAAAACCAUUUCCCCCAGGUCUACCUAUUCCCAGAAAUUAUCUUCCUUCACUUGCCUACGGGGGACUUCCCCCUCACUUAAGCACAUUAUCAUCGCCAAUGGGUAAAGUAAUGGUGAAGGAAGAAACAAGUGCUGGUGGUUCAGCAGCAGUUGAAAAACACUAUGCAAUGCAUGGUAUGUAUGGUUUACCACCAAGUACCAAUGCAAUACCAUCAUCACCACAAUCCCAACGGCCGAUUAAACACUCGAGUAGUCGAGAUGAGCCUACACAAGAUGAACAGGACUUCCUGUCGUCCCCUCAUCUCUGGAGAGAUCAGUCUUAUAAAGUACUGGAGGAUAACACCGAGAAAGCGAAAAUGGUGAGACAGCAGAAGAGGGAGAACGAGAAUAAACCACAUAUCAAGAGGCCCAUGAAUGCUUUCAUGGUAUGGGCGAAGGAUGAACGAAGGAAAAUUCUAAAAGCCUGUCCUGAUAUGCAUAAUUCCAACAUAUCAAAAAUUCUUGGAGCGCGAUGGAAAGCAAUGUCAAAUUCUGAGAAGCAACCGUACUACGAGGAGCAAUCACGUCUAUCAAAAUUACACAUGGAAAAACAUCCUGACUACAGGUAUCGUCCGCGUCCCAAACGCACCUGCAUAGUCGAUGGUAAAAAAAUGAGAAUUUCCGAAUAUAAAUCACUGAUGCGACAGAGGCGACAAGAGAUGCGACAACUUUGGUGCAGAGACGGUGGUCCAGAAAUGGGUUUUCUAUCACCAGUUGGUGGUGAUAUGGGAUCACAGCAUCAUCCAGCUGGGCCAGGGCCAUCAGCAAGGCCAUCAGUAUCACCACCAGCAUCACUUUUAAAUGGUACAGCUGGACCAAGUCAGGAUCAUUCCUCAUUUUACUAUCCCCAAGACAGUCUAUCACCCUCGGAUAUGAUGAAUUUUUCACCUGAUAAUUCAGGAUCAAUUGGUGGUUAUGACGCCAGUCCCAGGCAUCACGACGAGGAUUGAACCGCAGCUCCGGGUCAGCCUGUUUGUCGACCCGGAGCACCAAGAACUUAUCACGCCCGUGAACUCUUCUGGUAGAAAUUAAUAAUCAUGAGAUAAUCGUUAUGCUUCAUUGAUUACGAAUUCAUCGUGAUUAAAUGCUGGUACCAAAUUUGGGGGACACAAUGUUUCUCGAGAUUAUGAUGUAUCCAGGUGCCAUCAGGCAAUUAUUUUCAAUUAAUCACGAGGUGAAGAAAAUCAAAGUGCCAAAUUCUUAAACGGCCAUGAAUAAUGCUCGAGAGCAUGACGACAAUGUUUUGUAUAAAAGAAACUGAAUAAUGAUUAGAGAAAUUAAUGAAUGAACCGAUGACGUUACGAUAAGUAAGAGAAUAUUUUAACUCAUCAAUUAUCAUCUCAAAAGUCUCGUUCCCUACACUGUUAGAAGAAUAAUUGAUAUUUCACUGUAAUUGGAAUUUUUUUAACUCCAAAUGAACAAGAAUUUACCAAAUUCUUGUUCAUAACUAAAUUCAUAGAAAUUUGUAUUAAUUCCCUGGAAUUUAAUUUGACAGUGGAUUACCGAUAAAUCCAAAAAUAAAGAAUAAAAUUGACCCUUUUGAUUGAUUUUUAAUUAAAAAUCUCGUUUUACCACUUCACUAUAGAAUUGUCAAUGCUAAAUUUCGCGAAAUUUCAGUGGAAUUCCGACAAAACUUUUCCCAAAUUAAACCGGAAAUUUCACCACCAAAUUUCUAACAGUGUACCUCACAAAAGAAACAACUGGCCAUUGAAUCCCCCCCGAAGCCUCAAUUAUCUCCCCCCCAAAAAUGCACAAACGCAUGCAGCCAACUCCAUGCCAACGCCUAGUACUUAUAGUAUUUUUAUCAUUUAUUUAUUGAAUCUCAUAUCAUUAUCGAUUGGACUAGAUAUCGCGAAGAGUACAAUAGGAAUGAUUGCGAAAAAAAAACAAGAUCUUUUAUUUAUUCAAAAGAAGAAAAAAAAUCAUAAAAAUCUUGUUAUCUAGGUUCUCUUCUCUACUAUUACCUCAAACCGAGGACCGGUGAGUUUGGGGGAGCUUGAUGUGAUAAUUACUUAUGUGCCAAAUAGCGUUUUCGGUGACACGGAGAGGGUAAUUAAUUCAUUUUUCCUUAAUAAUAAUUGAAAAAGGCCGAUAUCUCCAUAGUUCCGAGGCGCCAUUGGCCUCGACGCAACUCAAAGAAAAAAAAAAAACAACCGCAAAAGAAAAAAAAAAUAUUAAACUAGAAAAACACUAGAAUUCACCGCUCGAUAUAAUCGAUCCUAUAUCACCUAAUUUUUCAUUAUCCCCCUUUUUAUGUUUUUUUUCCUCCCAUUUAUUUAUAGUCAGUGCAAUUUAUAAACAAAUGUACCUAAUAUAAUUUUAUAAAGAGAGCCAGUAUCCUCGAAUAUUGAUAUAUCCGAGUGGCACGCGAACCAGUAGAUAUAUUGAGGGUGAAUGCACGCGAGGAUAGAAAAACAAAAGAAUAUUAAUUAGCUUAAUGUUAACGAUUAUUAUUUAUUUUAUGUAUAUAAAUGGAGUUAAUUUUUAAGUUCGGUUGAAUCUAGUUCACCCUGUGCCCUCUAUCUCUCGUCUCCCCGCCCAUCCAUCCCUCACCCCCUUCCCACCCCCUCAUCCCCAAGAAUUAUUAUUGUACAGUGUAAUUAUAUUACUUGUGAUGCAUGCACGUAGAGUUUAAUUACUCUACGUGUUAAUUACUCGAUCACCUUGUAUAUGACGGGGGAUGGGAGAGUAGAAUGAGAUCGUGGGGUGAAAUGGAACAGUCCUGUGAUUUUAGGAUUUUUUUUUUUGAUGAAAUUGGGUCAAUUAUGAGGGGCAAGUUGAAUCUAGAUUUUUUCACGUGAAUCAAACGGUUAAAAUUGAAUUAUUCACAUCAUAAAUAGGGCCAAUUAAUUCAUCAUUCGGCAUUACGAAUAAAAAUCAAUUUUUAUCUGCUGAAGAAAGGGUUAAAAAUGACUAGCAAAACUAUGUGAGUCAAAUUGACCUCAUAUUUCAUCCCAACUUCAUCAAAAUCAGCAAUUACAAAAUUCCAUCUCAAUUAAGUUUCAUUUCCCCCACAUCUCAUUCCCCUCUCUCGCCCUCGUCGAUGUUGAAGAGAAAUUGAAACAAAUGGUAUAGUUUUUAUUACGAAAAAAAAAGAAAAGAAAAAAUAUUUCGUAUUCAUUUACAAUUUCCCUUUUAUGUCUAGUUAUCUUCGUUUUUUUUUCGAAAAAAAAAAUUGGAGUUAUGGAUUUAUUAAUUUGUCUCUAAUGAUUUAAUAUUGUUAAUAAUUUAAGGGCUAAGCUUUACAUUUUUAAUUGUACCUAUAUAAAUUUAUACAGGAUUGUAUAUGCCAGUGAUGACUAUGCAACGACGAGUGAAAACAAUCAAGAGAAGAAAUAUAAAAAAGAAAAUUAACAAAAAAACGUAUGAAUAAAUUAGAAUGUCCACUCGACGAAAAAAUACUCAUUAAAUAGGGGGGGAAGGGGGGGAGCGGGUUGGGGGAAUUGGCCCAAAGGUCUAGCGACAAUUCCAUUCAAUCAUAAUCAGUUUUUUUAAUUGCCAGUGAAUAUUCAUUCGUUGAAUGAUAGUUUCCAAAGGUUGAUCGGAAUAAAAUACGAAUCUUGCAUUUUUUUUCUAUUAUUCAUUGAUGUGCCAUAAUAUCCCAUUAACGUUCGCCUUUUUACUCCAAUUUUUUUUCUCCAUUUGAGGUGCACAUGUCAACGAGAAUUCUCCCGAGUUCUCCCUUUCUAUAUUUCAUCAAAUCACUUUGAAUAAACCAAACUCCAAUUGUAACAACCAGCACAGGCUUCAUUAAAAUUACCGAACAAAUUUAAAAAAUAUAAAGAACAACAAAUUAUGCGGCAAAAUCAGUGCAAGACGCAAUCUGUAAUAAAUAGCGAAAAAAACUGUAAAUCAAAUAUAUUAUAUUAACUAACUAUCGUAAUAUAAAAUGUAAGAGGAAAAAAAAUACAAGUGAAACUAACAUUAAAAUGAGAAAAAAAAAUUCAAUAUUCCAAGCAUUCACUUCAUACAUGUACGUUGUUGUUACAUAUAUAUAUAUAUACACAUAUAUAUAUAUAUAUAUAUAUAUAAAGGGUAAUGCUUUUCUGACAUUCAGAUUUAGUUGUAGAAAUGAGAGAAGAACGUUACGAUUAGAAUUCUUUAUGUAAGCAAGUGUAAAUAGUCAUGCAAUACUGGGUCAGUGGAGUGCAUGUUUGUGUGUGUGCAAGAGAUAUGAAAAUUGAAUGCAAGUGCUGAUGCCAUUAACAUUCUCACGGCCACCUUAACAGCAAGAAAAAUUGUAACAAUAAAACUGAUUCGAAAGAAUAAAAGUUAUUCAUAAAUAACACAAAAAAAAUUGUUAAUGAAAAUUGUAGUGACUCGUAGAUGGUAAUUUUUUCGAUAAUUGGAAAAAUAGUGUUAAGGUGAGCCGUAAAAAAAUAGUUUAUUAGAUAGCAAAAAGAACAAGUGAAAAAGUCACGGCUGGAAAAAUCAUCCUGUUAUUUUGUUUUCCCCCUCAACGAGACAAUUUUCGGCGGUUUACUAAAAAAAAAUAUGAUGAAUAUUUUAUUGUACAAUUCGGCUGUGACCAACUGCGAUUCAAUCAUAUGCUUUCACGAUAUUUAUCGGCACGAUGAAUAAAAUUCACUCGUAAAUUUCUGGCAGUGACUUUUUCUAUGACUAGCGACGUGAAAAAAAAAAUAAAUAAAAGGAAACAAAAAUUAAUUAAACACGCCCUGUACUGCAUAGAGAGAAACAGCGCCAUUAUAAACAUGAAUGUAUCAUUAUAUUUAUUAUUAAUUUAAAAUUUAGGUAUCUCUUUGUUGUUUGUAUUUUACAACCGUAAUCAAUUAUUAUGAAAUAUAAAUAAAUAUCUCUAUAAAUAAUAA